AUGGAUACCAUGACUGUGUUCCUUUCCUUCUUAGCUGUUGGGGCUUCUCACUCGACUGGAAAAGCAGCAUCAGCUAUCAACGUCACUACUACUGCGGACACAACUUUCCCUGCCGCGCCUACAACGGAGAACAACGCAGCUUCUGCUAUCGCUGCUACUACAACGGGUACCAACACCCCAUCUUUAAACACAACCACUACAGCGACUAGCAGCACCCCAUAUUCAAACACAACUACUACAACUGGCAGCAGCACAACAUCUUUAACUACAACCAUCACGACGGGUAGCGGCACCACAUCUUCAGCUACAACCACUACAACAACGGGCAGCAGCACCCCAUCUUUGGCUACAACCACUACAACAACGGGCAGAAGCACCCCAUCUUUGGCUACAACUACUACAACAGGCAGCAGCACCCCAUCUUUGGCUACAACUACUACAACAGGCAGCAGCACCCCAUCUUUGGCUACAACCACUACAACAACGGGCAGAAGCACCCCAUCUUUGGCUACAACUACUACAACAGGCAGCAGCACCCCAUCUUCAGUUACAACUACUACAACGGGCAGCAGCACCUCAUCUUUGGCUACAACUACUACAACAGGCAGCAGCACCCCAUCUUCAGAUACAACUACUACAACAGGCAGCAGCACCCCAUCUUCAGUUACAACUACUACAACAAUGGGUAGUGACACCACAUCUUCAGCUACAACUACUACUACAACGGGUAGCGGCACCACAUCGUCAGCUUCAACUACCACAACGAGCAGUAGCACCCCAACUUCAACUACAACUACUGCAACAACGGGUAGCGGCACCACAUCUUCAACUACAACUACUACAACGGGCAGCAUCACCCCAUCUUCAGCUACUACAACGGGCAGCAGCACCCCAUCUUCAGCUACUACAACGGGCAGCAGCACCCCAUCUUCAGCUACUACAACGGGCAGCAGCACCCUAUCUUCAGCUACUACAACGGGCAGCAGCACCUCAUCUUCAGCUACUACAACGAGCAGCAGCACCCCAUCUUCCGCUACUACAACGGGCAGCAGCACCCCAUCUUCAGCUACUACAACGGGCAGCAGCACCCCAUCUACAACGAGCAGCAGCACCCCAUCUUCAGCUACUACAACGAACAGCAGCACCCCAUCUUCAACUACAACGGGUAGCAGCUCUGCUAGCACUCUCGCUUUUACAACCAAAAGUACCCCUGCUUUCUCCACCCCUACGACUGCCAGUACAACUAAAACAACAUCUUCAACCACCAGAACAACAACAACCACUACUUCUGCCGCCUCCACCACCGACAAUACUACUACUACAAAGAUUACGGAAAAGCCGACGACACCAAAGAUAACAAUACCACCAAAGGAUCCAGAAAAGCCAUCGAAGAUUGUUGCCUUUCAACUGAGCCUUGAUGGUGAUUUCAUGCAAACGUUGAAUGACAGCGAAUCAUCUGCGUAUCAAGACCUAGAGAGAAGCUGCAUAAAAGCGAUUAUACUGCUGCUACAGUGCCAAACGUAA